UAUAGUUUUAUUUUUAACAUCCAGGCACUUGAGCUAUUUCUGCAGAAGUUUUCUCUCAGCCUCUCCUUAUUCUCUGCCUCCCCUAGGGAACUUGCCUCUGUUUUCAUCGACUUCUCAAAGCCAGGAGACCCACGUGUGGUAGAUGUCAUUGCAAGGGAUGUAUGAUUAAGGGAAGGAGAGACAUUUUGUCUCUGCAUCCUCAGCACCUCAAGCCGUGCCUGGCUCAUAGUUGAUGCUUGUUGAUUCAUUAAGGGUCUGAUUGCUGCCAGUGAACAGAAUAGUGAGCUCUGAGAGGGCAGAGUCCAGAGACCUCCAGCCGGACAGCACCAGCAUUGUGAGAAAUGUUUCAAUCGCCAGUGUCAGGUUCCAAUAAAGCCAAGUAUCUCCUGCCUGGUGAUCAAUUGCCGCAGGCUUUGUGGAGCAGCUUUCCACAUGUGCAAGGAGGAAGAACAUGAGUUACUCUGUCCCCUGGAGCAGGUUCCUUGCCUCAACUCCGCUUAUGGCUGUCCUCUCUCCAUGGCCCGACAUAAAUUGGCAAAGCACCUUCAGGUGUGCCCCGCCAGUGUGGUCUGCUGCUCCAUGGAGUGGAACCGUUGGCCAAAUAUAGAUUCAGAAACGAUUCUUCAUGAGAAUAUAAUGAAAGAGCCCCACAGUGAGGAAUGUUUGGACACAGCUCUGGCCAUCCAGGACCAGAAGGUCCUUUUUGGCUCCCUGAAGAUGGUAGAGCUUUUCCCUGAAUCCAGAGAGUUCACUGAGGAUGACUUAGAAGUGGACAGUGAUGACAUUUUGGAGGAACGAGGAGCAGUUGGAGGGGUGGGCUGUCAUUCUCUGCCAGUAAGUGGAAUGUCACCUAAUGGAGAGAUGGUGGAACUAAGUCAGCAAGAAAGAGAGGCUUUGGCAAAAGACAAAGAAGGGAUGGAUCUGGCCAGUUUUGGAAAAUGGGAAAACAUUUUCAGCAAAGAGCUUGCAGCAUCAGUGUUAACAAGUUCGUCGGCAAACCCUGGGAGCAAGAAUAAUCAGGGCACGGGGAAAGGACAGACUUCCAGUCAGGGCAGCGCUUCAGAGGAGGAAGCUAGUGUGGAGAAAGAAGCCCGGGAAGACCAAAGGGAGAAGGAUCCAUACAGAAACAUGGAAACAACAGGACUCGCACCUUGGCAAGAUGGAGUAUUGGAAAGACUGAAGGCAGCAGUUGACGUGAAGGACUACAAUAUGUACCUGGUACAUAAUGGGAGAAUGCUGAUCCACUUUGGCCAGAUUCCUGCCUGCACGCCCAAAGAACGCGACUUUGUUUAUGGCAACCUCGAGGCUCAGGAAGUCAAGACGGUUUAUACCUUCAAAGUCCCAGUCAGCUACUGUGGAAAGAGGGCCCGACUCGGUGAUGCGAUGGGGGCUAGUAAGCCAAGUGAACACAAGGCCACAGAUACCUCAGAUUUGGGAAUCAAUGUAGAAGAACUGCCCAAAUCUGAUCUAAUCAGAACGACCCUUCUUUGCGCCAUGGAAAGGGAGCUGAAGGGCCACAUCAUCUCCGAAUCCAGGAGCAUCGACGGGCUCUUCAUGGACUUUGCAACACAGACCUACAGCUUUGAGCCGGAACAGUUUUCCUCAAGUGCAGUCUUGGCAGACCUCACUUCCGAAGGUCCCCAGGGUCUCCAUGUGGAACUCCACAGUGAGUGUGUGACCCGGAGACAUAACAAGAGCAGCUCAGCUUUUACUUUUACUUGCAACAAAUUCUUCAGGAGGGACGAGUUCCCGCUACACUUCAAGAACGUCCACUCUGAUAUCCAGUCGUGCCUCAAUGGCUGGUUCCAACAUCGCUGUCCGCUGGCCUACUUGGGCUGCACUUAUGUUCAGAGUCAUUUCCGCCCUCCGGGGCAGAGAGCCAAAGUGAUCUACAGUCAGAAACUCAGGACGUUUGCCAUCAAACCUGAGGUUGCUCCAGAACUGGGGCCCAGAGAGAAGAGCCAGAGGUCACUGACCAGCCUGCCCCUGGAGAUACUGCAGUAUAUUGCAGGGUUCUUAGAUAGCGUCAGCUUGGCUCAGCUGUCCCAGGUGUCCAUCCUCAUGAGGAACAUUUGUGCCACGCUCUUACAAGAGAGGGGGAUGGUCCUCUUGGAAUGGAAGAAAAAGUCCUAUUCCCAUGGGGGCACCGGCUGGAGAGCUCACAAAAAGAUCUGGCAGUUCAGCAGUCUUUUCUCCAGAAUUAACAGCUGGCAGUUCAACGAAGUUACCUCCAUGUCAGAGCACUUGAAGACCUGCCCCUUCAAUAUUGUAGAACAUAGGAUGGACCCAGUUCUUCUGACAAGCAUGUGUGAGCAACCCAAGCAAGUCAGGAAGAGCUUGGUCUCCACCUUCAAGCCUAGACCAUGAGGAAGAAAUCCCUCAGAAAGUGCUUACUCUGGUGUUGCUCUGUCUUCCUCCAACCUCCUGGAAGGAGAAUGUGUUGCAAUUUUGAGGAUGAGCUUCUUAUGUCUUUGUGGAAGCUUCAGCCAACUCACAAAGCCUAAUCACUCUAUGUUGUAGCUUUUUAGGUUUCCUACAUUACCCCCACCUUCCCCUUGUAGCUGAUUAACUUAAUUUCUUUUCUGCUUAAGAAGUCAGUCUAAAGGAUAGUGAUUGAAAGAGAAAGCAGCUCAUUAGGCAAUCAAGAAAUUGAGAAGAGAUUAUAGGCAUUAGGAGAGGAGAAAGUAAGUACAUUACCCAAUAGGUAUAGGCUGGCAGCCCUUCCCAUGAACAAGGUUAACCACCAUUUAUUCAGACAUCACUUAGAAACGUUUCCAAGGCUCAGCUUGAGUUCAAGGAACUGUUCAGAUCCAGAAAGGAUGAGUUGGGGGACUUCAAAGUUGCAGUGAUUUGGAGAAGGGCCUCUAUAGGCCUAGGGAUAAGGCAAGGGCCACAGAGGUAGAACAAGCACGUUAAACAGUUUUAUGUAUAACUAAGGACAUUCAUAGAAAGUUUGCUGGGGAUUCAAAACCAAAAAUAAAAUUGUCCCUGCCAACAGGGAAGCUUAUAGUCUAUAAAUUUCAGUACCUUUGGUUUCUCCCACCUUCAUCAUAAUCAUUCCUUGAGAAAGGGAGAGGAAGAGAGAGAGGAGAGAAUGGUGGUUACAUGUAACAAAAUGGAGAUACUGGACUAGCUGCCAUUUUAGUAGCUGUGAUUGGUUUCAAAUAUGGCAUGAAUAACUCAGCAUUGGAUAUCACCAUUAGGAGAAAUGGAAAAAGCACUCGUUUAUCAUUUAUAGGGGCAAACCAUAGCCAUCAAUCUCUUUUUCAUAAUGAUGCGUAACUUUAGGAAACCCAAUUUUCCUCAUUACAACACAAUACAGCAAAUAUUUAUUAAGCACAGUAUAAGACAUUGUACUCAGUGUUGGGAAUACAGAGACAAAAUGAAAAAUAAUCUUUGCCCCCAAAAGAAUUUACAGCCUACUAAAGAGGGACAAAAUGUAUAAGUAGUAAGUCCACAUGUGGUCAUUUGAACAGGAAGAGAAUACUAUUCCCCACUGCUCUGACUGUAUUGUGUUUUUUGACACAUGGCACUAUUUUCUAAGAUUAUAACCACAGACUUAUUUGAGACCUUUCAAGUAGCAAAUAAAGUAACUGAGAAUUAUAAAUAGCACAUUGAUGCUUAAUAGUAAAGAAUACUAUUUCCUCCGAAUCUGGCUUGCAUGUUCUAUGUAUACUCUGGUCUGUAUGCAGGAAGGUAAACUAAGUCAAAGAAUGGGAAAAGCCACAGGCUUAUUAAGAGGAGAGUCAGCUGUUGCACCAAGAGCUGAGUGAGGGAUUGAACAGGGACAGAGAAGUGGGAAAAGCAUUUUGGAUGACAGGAUGGUGAAAGUGUUUAGAGUGUUGACCCAGGGAUGGGCAGAAGGGAAGCAGGACAGGAAAGCCAGUCAUUCUACUGGUAGUCCACCCCAGCUGCACUUCGUAAAUUUAAUACCAUCAUAAGAAAGGUUAGUGGCUUUGUUACCUAAUUGAUUCCGUAGACACUGUUCUGGGUAAGUGUAUUUUAGGAUUGAGGAGGAAAGCAAUAGAGAGAAAAGGAAGUUUUUAAGAGAAAUUGGGGAUCUGAAAAAAGGGAUGAUUGGUGGGGGAGGAGCUUCAGUGGAUAGGAGAAAGAGGAUAUAGUAUUAACCACAGUUAAAGUGGACUACGGAAAGCAUUUAAGUGAGCAGAGCAGGGAAGAUAAAGUAGCUUAAGGAGAUUCCUAGAAGGAGGAAUCCUCCCAGGGGUGACAGAGGCUUCCCUGAAAUACAGUUCAGUCAGAAUUAGAGGAAAGAUUUAAUUCUAAAGGAAAUAUUUAAUUCUAAAACAAGGGUUCCCAAAUGUGUGUGUGUGUGUGUGUGUGUGUGUGAUGGACACUUUGGGCAGUUUUGUAAACCUAUGGACCCCUUGUUAUACAUUUUAAAAGGCAUAAAAUAAAAUACAUGAUUGCAAAAGAAAAUAUUUAUAUGGAAAUAUAGUUAUUAAUUUUUAAAAAUAAGGUCACAGACCCUAGGUCAAGAAUCCCUAAUGUAAAGAGACCAGAUAGGCAGGACUAUUUCCUCAAUGACCAGGAAGCUAAAAGAAAGGGCUCUGAGUUGGACUUGGGAUAGAAUUAAGGUGGGGAGGUAAAACAGUAAGACCUGGGUGAAACUGAAUAAAUCUGAAUUGAAUGAAGAGAUUGGAUGGAUGGAAUAUACCUGGGAACCUGGGAAUGCCAUACACUAUAUGUAAUAAAGUAACUUGGCACUCUAAAUGAUGGCUCGAAUAUG